CGGUUGUUUCGUAUCUGGCAGACACUCGUGACGCGUGUAUAAUUUAGGGGUAGUAGAGAGGUAGUGAUAUCGGGGACAUGGCAGCACUCGAUCACACUGAAGAUCUUACGGUAUGCUCAAUUUGCUUACAGACAUUAACCAUACCGAAAUAUCUACCAUGUCUUCAUACCUUUUGUGAACUUUGUCUACAAGGGUGGAUAGAAUCCCAGGUCACCAAAUCAGGAAGAAAUAUCAAACAGGUGGAAUUUACGUGUCCAGUAUGUCGUACCAACACACGCCUACCGAGUAAAGCAACAGCGACCAACAAAUCUGAAUGGGCAAGUACUUUCCCUAGUAACCAUAUUAUUGUAUCACUGAUUGACAAAUCGAUGAUCGAGAAACAAAAGAAGUCUUGUGACCCAUGUUCUGUAAUGAAGAAAGACGUACAGGCUACCCAGUGGUGUGUACAGUGUUCGGAGGCUUACUGUGGUCCGUGUUCGCAGGUGCAUCGGGGGAUGAAAGCUACACGGAAACAUAAACUUAUUGGUCUACAGGACGUUCUAAGAGAUUUAAAGUGUCUUUCGUUGGAUGAAAUGUGUAAUGAGCAUGCAGAUGAAGUGAUAAAACUGUUCUGCGUGGACCAUGAUCAGCCAUGCUGUACAAUAUGUGGAGCAACAUCUCAUCGAAAAUGCGACACAGUCCUGGAACUGUCCGAGGCAGCAAUUAAUAUAAAAAACAAAAAAGAGUUUUCUGAGCUGUUGGCCAGCCUUAAUGAAUGUGAAAAAGACAUCGGCAAAGCAUCAAUGACUCUUAAAGAACAUUUGACACAGUUGGAGAAGAAAAAGUUUGACAUAGAAAGAUCUGCCGAGGAAUUUGCUGGUACUCUGGUAACCCAUACAAAGGCUUUACAUAGCCAUUUCCUGAAACAGCUUUCUGAGGCUCAUUCGCGCGCAGUAAAUGAAAUAAAAACAAAUGCUGAAGAAUGUUCUCUACAACAAAAGGUAAUCAGUAACUCCAGACAGAUGCUGGAGAAAUCGCGGGACAACAGUUCAGAUACAGAACUGUUUCUUCAAGUGAAGAGAACAGAAGCAAAGCGUAAGGACACUGAAACAUUUAUUGAAAAUGAAAUGUCAAAAAUGACCCUGAAACAGGUGAAGUAUUCAUUAUCUGAAGCGCUUCAGGAGUAUAAAAACGUUAACUCUUUCGGUGAUGUUACUGUGUCAAAUGUAUAUAGUGUUGCUUUGUCCAAGCCAACAAGCAAAUGGUAUAAGGAUGGGCUCCACCGUAUGCAUGUAACCAUUUGAAGUGAAUAAAAGUGACCCAAGUAGAAAACCGACACAGAAUAAAAAAAAUUACAUAAAAAUCCAACACCAAGACACAUGCAGACCCAAAGUCGUUGAAAAAUUUCCAACGUUUAGGUUCAAAUUUCUACGGAUUUAUGUUCCUGUAGGGGGACAUGAUUAUAUAUUUGGAAUAAUGCAAAUAUAUAGCGAUAGCUGCAUAUGACAUGGCGGUGGUCAAUUUUGUUUUGAUGUGAUCAUUUUGUUUUUAUAGUUAUUAUAAUAUUAUAUAUGAUGAUAUCAGCAUAUUUCAUAAGCAGUAGUUUUAAUUUUUUGUCAUGUUCAUUAGGAACUCUUUAUCUCUUUCUGAUAUGUUUUGAUAUGUAAUUAUUCAUAUUCCUGUCUUGAAUAAAUCCUUUG